UUUAAUAGAAAUUAUUUUAAAUUCAAAUGACAAUGGACAAUAGUAAAACCGAUGAUGACAUGAUGGACGCCAUGGCUGUCAUCCAAGAAGCCCUGAUCGACCUCUACCUCAACGUGAAAGUUCGGUCCAAAGAAGAGAUAAACGAGUACGAUGAAAAAGACCUAUCUAAAGAAAGGGAUAACCUUUACAUCACAAGCCCCUUGGAUUUAAUUAAUUAUAUUCAGACUUCAGUAGAAAUACUAAUGAACAUAAAAGUGGAAGACUACCUGGCUCACCAAAGUGAACUAAAGAAACACAAAUAAAAUAAAUAAAAGAAUUAAGCAAAAGCAAAGCAACUACAAGCCAGAGGGACUUAAAGCUGAAGAUGAGGUCUCCAGAAGGCUGAAUGACUCAAAUUUAAGCGAGCAUGAACAAGCUAAAGAUUCGAAGGAAAUCUCAGAGAAAGGUCAGAGAAUCGAAACUAACAAUUUUGGUGAUGAUCUGAAGGAAACCGGAGGAGCACAAGUGAGAAAAGAAGAACAGCAUUUUAAAACUAUCUCUUCACAGAAAGAUGAUUUACUUGAUGAAGUUCUUGAAUCCUCAGACUCUUUUAUCCCAUUUAGUAAUAGGACUUCUUUGACUCAUGCUCCUACAAUUUAUGAAGAAGUUAUUCAGAAGUACGAGAACGAUAUCAGAAAUCAUAUCAGGAUUGAACAGCAAAUGAAACUUCACUCAGACAGCGUGAUCAAUAAGCUUGAAGAUAAAGAAAAAGAAUAUAAUCGUAUGAUCCUUAAUAUAAAAGAGCAUCAGGAGGUCUUCAAGAAAGAAGCUGAGCGCUUUAAGAUCGAAGCUCGUAUCAUGAGAGAAGAGAAUGAGGCUCUCAAGAAAGCACUCGAAAAGAAGAUAGAAAAAUGUCUCAAUGUUGAAAGAGAUCUUAAAGAAGCAAAUAUAAAAAUCUCUGGUCUUCAAAAUGAACUUGAUGGUUCGAGAAAAUCUCUCGAAAAGAACCCAACUCCCAGAAAAUCAUUUGUCCAAGGCGGAAUCCCCCACCACAAGCCCAAGUUCAAGUCCAACAGCGCCAACCCUAACAGCAGCAGGAAAACCACCAGCGAGUCCAUGCAGAUGUUCUAUAGUCGAAAUGUGACUGUCCCCAACAACUGCAACGAAGAACUCAUCAUUCCAGUGUCAUCGACAAGGUCGCCUCAGAAGUUUGCGAUCAACAACGGAAUCAAGAACAUCAUCAUGAAGAAAGACGGCAAGUCACCCUACCUGCAAGCUGACAUGGAGAAGCUCAAGCAGUACAUCACUGUGCCCAAGAACAAAGGCCACAAACGCAGUAAGUCACAGACGAUCAAGAGCAACCCUCCGAACCGCAAAGGAGGAGCUCGCUCGUCAAUCCGUGCAGACAGAGUCCACACCGAAGAAAACAACUCGGAGUCGUUCUACAAGAUCCAGGACUACACAUCGACUUCCAUCAACAACUCGCUGGCCUACGGAGCCCCGAAGAAGAACGUGACGCUUAAGAAGGCCAAGAUCAAGGCGGGACUGCCUAAGAGCAACCACUUCAUGAGCUACGAUGUCCGGAGCAGCUGAAACCGCUAUGAGGCAGGAGCCAGUCUCAAUGACAGUUCGUUUGACAGAAGAACGAUGAAGGUCAAGAAGAAGGUGAAGGCCAAGCGCAACUCUUCCAUUGCUAAAAUGCCUAAUAAGAAGCAAGUUCAGCCAAGAUGCAGCAGUGGAUACGGGCAUUCAAAAGUCAAAUUUUAACUCUUC